AAUUUACAGAUUUUCUCAGUAUUCACUAUUACAUUUAAUAGAAGAGACCUCAUACUUGCACGCGACGUUCGAUCUUCCCCCCUAGAGAAAGGGAAAGAAUCCACCUUCUCGCGAGGUCGAGGAGAGAAGAGCUCCUCCUCCGACAGACGACAGAAUUGCUCGGUUAAUGACGGAGUAUCACUCUCAGCUCGACUCGACGCGUUACACGUUAUUCCUCUUCCCUCAGAGCGCCUUCUCUCUUAUAUCGAGAUACACCUGUAACCGCGUGAGCGACUCGCAUCCAAUCGAUCGCGCGAGACUGUGAUUGACCCUCGGGGGCAAAACCGGACUACUCGCGCGCGAAAACUUUCUUCGGUCGGUUUCUUCGGUCUACGGAGAAUAGCCGCGGCGAUUCGUUUGGACAACCGACCGACCGACCGACCGACAGAUCGAAACACGUGGCCGCGUCACGUUUCGUUUCCUGUAACUGUAAACCGCCACAAUGCAAUCCAUGUGACUAGUCAAUAUCCACCGAGAGGCGUUGUUCUCGCGUUCGAUAAUAGCGUGAGAGGAAUGUCGAAGGACGCGGAAGACGCACAAACGAGAGUCGUUGGUCCACUGCUAUCCUUUCACCGCUUUAGAAAGGAUGCGCGUUGCAAAGAGCGAUCGGACGGCCAUCCAUAAUUACUCGCCAUUUCGACCAUUAAAAGAAAACGAUCGAAAGGAAGAAAAAUUUGCGCUCGACAUUUGCGCAAGAAAUACGAGAAUGAAAUGUCAAUGAUCAACUGUCUGUCUGUUCGAAAAUUGGCGUUGAAAAUGCAUCCGAUUUGUAUUGCAGGGCUGAGCCUAGACAGUAACAUGUCGAUGUCGUCGGUGGGCCCGCAGAGUCCCCUCGAUAUGAAGCCCGACACGGCACUCAUCAAUCCGGGAAACUUUAGUCCAUCGGGUCCUAAUAGUCCGGGAUCCUUCAGUGCCGGUUGUCACAGCAACCUCCUGAGUACGUCGCCCAGUGGUCAGAGCAAGACGGUCACGCCUUAUCCACCUAAUCACCCUCUGUCGGGCAGUAAACACCUGUGUUCGAUUUGCGGCGACCGCGCGAGCGGCAAACAUUACGGCGUUUACAGGUGAGUUGAUAGUUAGUUGUAUGUAAUUAUAUAAUUAUGUAUUAGCUAUAAGCAACGCGGCCAAGAUACUUUGAGCCACACGACGUAUAUAUGUAUUUGCAUGUGGUGCGUGCGGUGCGCCAAUGUGUCAACUUGUUUUAGAUAUUUUUUCGCGAACGUAAAAGAAAUUACGUAAAAUAUUGCGAUGUUAUCGAAUAUAUUUGCCGUCUCUUUCGAUUCUUCAUGUUUCAUAGAAGUCUUUAUAUAAAGGAUCGAAUGAGUAUUUAUUGGCUACGGAACUUUGUACAAGAUGUUUCGCGAACAAUUUACAAAUACAUUCGUAGGAAAAGAUAUAGUGCGUAUCCGAUUUCGCAGACGUAAAAAUGUGUAUUUCUCCUUCGUAUUUGUCAUGCAAAUUCAAUCUUUGCGUGCGCGCUAGAGAGAGAGAGUAAUCGGCGUUAUAUUGUAAUUGCAAUGGCAAAUCUUUGAAGCGCGUCGCUUUGAAUAUUCUCUCUCUCUCUUUCUCUCUCUCUCUCUCUCUCUCUCUCUCUCUCUCUCUCUCUACCACCAGUUGUAGAAAUAAUUACUGUUUUGUCGUUCUUUGCGUCGCGAACGUAGAAAGCCGAGGAAAGGAGGGACGAUACGCGAAUAUGAAUUUGCGCCAGAUGGCAUUUCCAUUGUAAACGAGCGGUUCAAGGUCCUUCGGAUUCGCUUGAUAAUCCUGACCCUCGUUAAGGGGGACGAGUAAUUCUCCGGAAUGCGAUAAUAAUGCGCGCCUGUGCGCACAUUAUUUGUUAUCGUUCGUUACCUACAGCAACGCGUCACGAUAAAAACUGACAGAUAAACGCUUUGUUUCUCCCAAUUAUCCGUAACCUCCACGACCUGCCGCGCACGACCACUACGUGAGUAUAUUCGUAUAUUCGUUGCUGUAAAGUAAGUCGAACCGGUCGGAGUCUUGGAGAGAAAUUUUCAUCGCUGCAGCAACCAGCGACACUAACUGGGGAACGACGUAACCGUCGUCCUUUCCUCAAUUAUUUAGCGCUCGAUAAGUCUCGAGCGGUCGUCUCGUGUCGAAGGAUUGGGAGGAUUAACUUGUUCGUGGAUACCGAAGGAUGUAUGUGCCUUUAACUUUCUGUACGUUUAACGUUAGUGUAACGUCUGCAAACUUUCAAUCGCAUUGCCAAAAUUACAUUCGAGUAUUCCCAAAACUCGCGUCUCCCCAAAAUUGUCAGAUAUUUGGACACAUUUCACACGCACAAAUUGCGACACGAUUUUCUCGACUAGUUUUAGAAUUUGAGUGGUCUUGGUUGCGUAUACACUGCUUUUUUGUUUCGCGAAAUCAAACGCUAAACUUUGACCCGUUCGUCGGAUAGAUACACGGUUAACAGAGACUUGUUCAUAUAGUCGCGUGCAUACGUAAGAGGAAAAAAGAAAGAAAAGUCGCAGACGCGGCGUCGCGUUUGCAUAAUCGCGCGCGCAGUGCGUCGAACUGUCGGAAUAAUAAAAAUGUCGACGAACCAACACGCGUCGUCGUCUUCGUCGUCGUCAUCGGCGCCGCCGCCGCCGCCGCCGCCGCCGCCGCCGCCGCCGCCGCCGCCGCCGCGAAAAGAAACUCGAUAGUAGGAUAGUGGGUGCGAAAGAGUUUCCAUCACCGUGUUCACGCGGCGGGAACACGAAUCGUCGUCUUUCGUGUCGCAGCUGCGCGCGAUCGCUCUGGUCGCGUUGCGUGCACGUUGUCUGCAACGAGAACGCACGCCGAAAGGAACAUCUGCGAUGACUUUUAUGCAAACACGCAAACCGCCACCUUCUCUCCUCGCCGACGCUUGUCCGUAAACCGCGAUACAUUCACGUCGCUCGUAAUAGCCGUACUCCUCACCCUGUCAGCGACAUUCGACGGCGACAUCUGCAAUUAUCGCGAAACGACUCGCUUUGCCGUCGUCGACGCGUUAUACCUUAAUUUUCGUGUACGAUAAUUAUUUUCCCUCCGUUCUGUCGCGAUCUGUACCUUGCGGAUUCUCAAAGCCUCUCCUCCCUCUCAGAUGUAUCUCAACUUUACUCCUUCAUUUCUGCCGACAAAGUAGAACGUUGAAAAUAUACAUAGAUCUAUAUUGAAAACAAUCAACUCUCUGGAUAUUAAUAAUUUUUGCGAAUGAAGCUGUGAAUGAGCAAAUUGGACAAUCGAAAUUUAAAGGCACAAUUAAGGCGCGAUCGUGAGUCGCGCAAGACGAUAUUAGGGUCGCUGUAAAUUCAUGAAUUACAACGUCGAAUUGGGAGUGUCUCCAAAUUACAUUACAACGAUAGAUCGUCUCGUUAACAUUUUCCCCCGGUGGCUUCGCGAAACAGCUCCAAACACGAAAGUUGGAAUCUCAAGGUAACUUAUCCAAUUAAAACUUAUGUCGACUUUCUAAUUUAACCGAGAGUUAGCGUGGCGAAACGACGAAAGUAACAUUACGACGCGUAGGGUCUCGUCGAAAUACUUAUCCCAUCGCAGGUUAUCCGUCAUGUACUCGAGUCCCUUUAACGUACUUGCCCGAUAAAGACGCUCGAUCCGCUCUGUAAUCCGGCAUGAGAUUGACAUAAAAAACAGACGGAUACUUUUUUGCACGAUCGAGUAAUUUUUGCGAGAGAAACAAAUAUAGAUAUGAUUUUGUAAAGUCAACAAAUUUGAUGCAAUUUAUUGAUGCGUUGCUUCGUUUACAUCGAUAAAGUUGGGGAUGAAUCCCGUUCCAAUUUCCGUGAGUCGAAUCGAGCCAUUUUCAAUACCGCGAAGCUACCGCGGAACGCGAACGAGCGCAUGCACGCUACGUCGAUCGGGGUCUUACUUGCAGGCGUGAAACGUGCGCGGAGCUGCAAAUGCAAGCCAAUGUGCAGCGUCGUCGUCACGGGGUCCCCUCUUUCUCGCCCUUCCUCCUAUCGUGCUAUGGCACGCUGCACCGAGCUGCAGCAGAUCCGAUGCUCGCGUUGCGUCAGAGCCCCGUCAACCUUGGACUUGCUUGCCGCGGGCUCGCGAGGUUGGGACGACUACCCACCCGUAGUUCCUACAAGCGGAGGCCGUUCGUCCUCCUCGCUCCUCCUCGCUCCUCCUCGCUCCUUCUCGUGCUAUAUAGGCACUUUGCUCCAGUGGCGGCUAAUUAACCCUUUAACCCAGUGCUGUUCAUCCUUCUUCGUUCGGUACAACGUCUUCGAUUAGCCAAAGAGAGAGAGAGAGAGAGAGAGAGAGAGAGAGAGAGAGAGAGAGAGAGAGACAAAAUAACCCUCGGGCUAGAAGGGCCCCCUCUCUUGCAUCGCCGCGCAGAGAUGACUCUCCUUCUAACUGACAGUGACUCUGUAUGUGGAAGAAAGAGUUGCCCGAUUGACUUGGGUUGGGAGCAGCGGUGCACGCGCUUGGUGCCGUAUGCUAUAAAGGCGGCAUGUGAUAUGCGGCCAGCGUGCACUGCAACACUGACAGUGGGAGUGUUUGCCACCCUUACUAGGGGGUAGUCGCCGAAGAAUGCCUCUGUUUGGGCUGGGCCUCCCAAUUCGGAAGCGACGCUUUGGGUAGGGGGCAGCUGGGAAAGUUAGUGUAACUCCCAACUGUAAAUUAGUUAGGUUUGGCGCGAUUAGCGUCUGCUGGAGGUCACCUGGAAUGUCAUACGCAAGCGGUUCUCCGGGUGAUCUUGGGUGACAGCAGAGGUAGGGCACUCGAAGAGGUUUUAGUCGGUGUGAGUCCGACAUAACCCUGGCCUUAUCCCAGUAAGGUCGGGGUAUGCAUAAUGCAUUUCCUCCCCGUCAAAAAAAAAAAAAAAAAGGUUUCGCCAAGUAUGAAGUUAGCUCUCCCAAAAUUCAAUGUUAAAAAACUUUUUUUCUAGAGGUGUGCAAACAAAAACUCGAUUUGUUUCAAAAUGUGCAAACGAAAAUUUAACAAUAUCAUGCGUCAGAAAAAUUUUUUCUGUAAUUUUAAUCUAGGUUUCGCCAAGUGUGUGAAGUUAGGUCCCCCAAAAUUCAAUGUUAAAUAACUUUUUUUCUAAAGGUGUACAAACGAAAACUCGACUUUUUUUUAAAAUGUGCAAACAAAAAUCUAACGAUAUUAUACGUCAGACAAUGUUUCCCUGCAAUUUUAACCUAGGUUUCGCCAAGUGUGAUGUUAGCCCCCCCAAAAUUCAAUGUUAAAUAAUUUUUUUUUCUA